AUGCGGAGAUUGAACUUGUGGUAUUACACUAAUCUCACACAAAAGACGCCCGGUGCCAUGGCCGAAGAAAGCCCGACAAGCAAGGCCUGGGCCUUGCCGGCCCUCUUCGGGGGCUCGGCCGUGAUCCUGGCCAUCUUCCCCGAGCGCUGGGGGGCUGUCUUCCUGGGCCUGGCGGCUGUCUUCUCAUCCCCGGUGGCUGCUGAAAUAUUCGGCGGUUUCAGCAUCACAGGCCUCAGCGGGGCGUUGGCUUCGGUGAAGAAAGGCGUCGUCGACUUGUUGGUGGAGGUCUUGAACCCCUCUUUGCAGCAGGCCUUGCCGCCGGCGCUGGUGAAGACCUUCGAGGACGAGCGAAUGGCUCACAGCAUCGUGGGCAUGAUGGACAACAUGAUGUCUGACCCCAAGUUUCUGAAGGUGCUCAAGAACUUCAUCAACACGUCCAUGACCAACGAGGAGUUGUUGGGGAGCUUGAAGAAGGUCAUGCAGGAGGCCCUGGCAGACAGCCACCUCUACAAGUCGGCCAUGCAUGGCAUGGCGAACAGCCUCAACCCUUUGCACAGCGAGACGCUGGGCAGAAUGCUGGGGCGCGCACCGUCACCGAACCCAGCUGAGAGAUGA